CUGCAGCUGGCGAAGAUGGCUGCUGUAUGUGCUUCCCUUAUUCCCCAGCAGUUGGCCCGUGCAGCCAGACCACGAUUUUCAGCAACCGCACAUAUAUGUAGACGAGCAUUCGCCUCAAGCCCUUUGCUACGGGAUCCCGCAACCUCAUCCCAGCCCUCCAAAACAAAAAACAGACAUCUUAAAGUUUCCCAACCCGCCGCCCCAAAAAUAUCCCAUGGCUCCCUUGCCCCGGGUUCCAUCUUCGACGAAGACGAUGGAGUAAUGCCCAGCCCAUACUCGAGCACGGACAGCCGCAAACCCCAGCGGCUCACAUCCAGGGACGCAGCCGCAGACACAGAUGCCACCACAGAUGCCACAAGCGAAGCCGACUCCGCCUCCACCGCCAAUUCCAAAGUCAAAGUACCGCUCCACGAGCGGGACCAAGACAACCUCCUCCGUGCCCUCGUGCCUUCCCCCAACCGCCGUGCCCGCUGGGAGCGGAAGAUGGUGAUACGCUCGAUCCGGCGACGGGGCCGCCUGACACGGCGUGAGGAGAUCGCGCGCACGGAGCGCGAGUCGCUCAGCAAGAGUCACUUCUUCAAAACCAGCGUCAAGAAGCUGAUGAUGGUUGCGCGGCAGAUCGCGGGGAAGAACAUCGACGACGCCAUCUUGCAGAUGCGGUUUAGCCCCAAGAAGGUCGCGAAGGGACGUCAAGGCCCACCUGGAGCUGGCGCGGGAUGA